UUAUCACGUACUUCUAUUUUGCACACAUUUCGCAAAAACAUUAAUAACAAUAUUUUUUUCGAUCACAACCACAAAAUUUCUGUGCACAAUGCCUCUGAUACGUUCUGCUAGCUUCAAUCUAUUUAUUGAAAUACUCGUUAGAAUCGUUUUACUGUCAACUUUUUGUUAUAUGGAGACAAUGGCGCCCUUCGUUCGUGUUAUCCAUGAAUCAGACUUGGAAACGGAGUACAAAUAUCCGAGGCAAGACUCGUACGUGCCGGGCGGCGCGCUGUGGGCUAUAGUACUGUCUGUUCCUUUCACACUGUCAUUACUAGCCUGGGCGGCUUGUAACGACUGUAAUGAUGCAUUAGAGAUACUUCUCGCCUGGUCCCUAGCGUUGGGUAUAAACGGGGUACUUACGGAUACCAUGAAGUUAAUAGCAGGUCGUCCUCGACCCGAUUUCUUCUACCGCUGCUUCCCGGACGGUGUCAACAGGCCGUAUCUACAAUGUACUGGGGACCCCCUGGACAUCAUGGAGGGGAGGAAGUCAUUCCCCAGCGGCCACAGCAGUUUGUCGUUCUGCUCGCUGGGCGUGGCGGCGGCGUGGGCGUGCGGUCGGCUGGGCGUGGUGUCGCGGAGACGCGGCAGCUCCCCGCGCCUGCUGGCCGCGCUGGCGCCGCUGGUGCUGGCCGCCGCCGUCGCGCUCUCGCGCACCUGCGACUACCACCACCACUGGCAAGAUGUCCUAGUGGGAUCUAUCCUCGGAUACACAGUAGCUAUAUUCUGCUAUCGCCAGUACUACAACCCGCUCAGUAGCGAUCUAGCCGGGAUACCAUACGUGGUCUCUAACCUCAACCUAGCAAAAUACGUGAGUGGGAAGCCUGACGUGAGUCCUGUGAAAGGUGACAGCAAAGAACUUGAAUCUACACCGCUGCUUAACGGCAGGAAAGAAGAUAAGUGGAUAUAAAUUAUUGUUGCGUUUACGCUGCGUUUUUGUUGCGUUUACGGUGCGAUACCGUUUCGUUUCUGUUGCGAUUACGCUGCGUUGUCGUUGCGUUUACGCUGCGUGUUCGUUGCGUUGACGCUGCGUGUUCGUUGCGUUCACGUAACGUUAUUGUUGCGUGUAAAGUAUGUUAUAUUGAUCUCCAAUGAAUUACAAUGUACAACGGUAUCUGAGCCAAUAUUAAAAGGUUGAAGUUACAAAACUGUACAAUUGUGAAAUUAGUCGUGAUCUUAGUGGUUUACUACCCUAAUUUACGUUCAAAUGGUCGUAGGUUCAAAUCUUACAGACCCAAAAGAGAAUGGUAUCUAAUUUCUAUUUCUGAUUGACUCCGGUGAAGGAAACAUUUGAUAUCAAAUUCGAAAUUUAUCCGAAAGACAACAAUAUAGUUGAAUUUUAAAUAUAUCUAUACAUAUAAAUAAAAUUGGAGUGUCUGUUUGUAAUAUUGAAAUAACCGUUUUUUACUACAUGCAUAGGAAUAUAAAUACGGUACCCACACCAAAAUAACAUUUUUUACAAUUUUUAUCUGUCUGUUUGUUCCGGCUAAUAUCAGAAAUGGCUGGACCUAUUUUGACGGGACUUUUAUUGGCAGGUAGCUGAUGUAAUAAGAAGGAACUUAGGUAAGUUUUAUUUUAGAAAAAUAUAGCUAAAUACCACGCGGACGAACUCGCGGGUACAGCAAGUCGUAAAUAUAUUAUGAACAAAUAAAGAACAACGUUGCUUGAUCGUAGCAUAGAUUAUAUUUGAUGUUUUUUUUCUAUAAACUUGGCUAAGAUGUAUUUAAGUUAGGCUGAUUUUAAUGGAUACUUUAUAUAUAUAUAAUUAUUUGAUAUACGUUUGUUACGCUUAUUUUUGACGGCUUCCGUCGCGGGUUCGAUUCCUCGGUAUAAACAUUUGUAUUCAGGAGUAUAAUUGUUUGUAUCAAUAUGGGUGUUUUCUAUGUAUGUACUUAUAAAAAAAUGUAUCAAAUUAUCACUAUCAGUUGUCUAGUAUCUAUAACAACUCUGCCUAGUUUGGGACUAGAUGGCGCUGUGUUAAUCGUCUGGGGAUAUUAUUAUUAUUAUUAAUAAUAAUAAUAUUUAUUUAUUCCGUUCCAUUAUUAAUAUUCACAAAAUUGUUUUAACAAUGAACGUCCUGUAAAUAUAACAAUGUAAGAGAAUGAAACUAUAUUUUACUAGCUUUUGCCCGCGGCUUCGCUCGCGUUAUUUUAUACCCUUAGGGGUGAAAUUUAUCAAAAUUCUUUCUUAGGGGAUGCCUACGUCAUAGUAGCUUUAUGCAUGCAAAGUCUCAGCCCGAUCGGUUUAAAAUUGACAAAGUUUCAUACUAACAUUCAUCCCCUAUUUUAUCCCCUUGGGGGUAGAAUUAAUAAACAUCCUUUGUUAGCGGAUGCCUACGUCAUAACAUCUACCUGCAUGCCAAAUUUCAGCCCGAUCCGUCCAGUGGUUUGGGCUGUGCGUUGAUAGAUCACUAUGUCAGUCACCUUUAAGUUAUAUAUAUUUAGAUAUCUUACCAGCUAAAAACCCCAAGAUAUUCCUCCUCUUCCCCUUUUGUUAGUUGUUACAGGGAAUGCACGAGUAGUCUUAAAUCAACCCCUACGGGAAAUUUAGAACCCCUACCAUCAGUUAAUACCAGGUCAUAUAAUACUUUAUUGACCCCUUAAGGUGUGAUGUAAUUUAAUAAAGGCCCCAAUUCAAUUAUAACAAUGUCAUAU